AUGUCAAACCUACAGACAAUUAAGGUAGCGAAAAGAAAGCUUCGAAAUGAGAUAAAGUCAAAACUCAAGACGAUAAGUCAAAGCUCGCUUAAUGCACAAUCUCAAAAUAUUUUAGAUCAACUAUGCAAGUCAAAAUCAUUUCAAAAUGCUCAGUCAAUUGCACUUUAUAUGAACAUGCCAGAUCUGGAAAUAAAAACAAUGCCAAUAAUAGAGAAGUGUUUUCAAAUGAAUAAACAAGUCUAUUUACCAAGAUGUAAUACCCAACCUGCCCCAGAUCGUAAAUCAAAUUACUUAUCAAUGCUAAAAUUACCUUCAUAUCAACAUGUACAGGAGUUGAAACCCCAAGGUAAAUAUCAAUUGCUAGAGCCUUUGAGAGGAGAAGACAUAUUAGAAAAAGGUGGAUUAGAUUUAAUCAUCAUGCCUGGAGUUGCAUUUACCUCAAGUUUAAAAAGAUUGGGUCACGGAGCUGGAUUUUAUGAUGAAUUUUUAUCAGUACAUUUGAAAAAAUGGUCAUCAUUACCAACAUUGAUUGGAUUAGCAUUAGAAGAACAAGUUGUUGAAGAUAACGUUUUACCUAUAGAGGAUCAUGAUUUUAAAUUAGAUCAAAUCAUUACAAGUUCACGUACAUAUCCAGAAUAA